GAAGGAGAUAGAUGAAAGUCACAUCAGAGAAUAUCCCUUUAUUGUUUAUGUAUCAUCUGGGCUAACAUAAUGUUGCAGGCCCUAUAUGGGGGCGACUCCUCGCCAGAGGUGGGCACCAUCUCAUCGUUUACCAGCUCGGACGAUAUGUUCCUCCUUGAGGAAUUGGAUGAGGCCAUUGAGACAGCAGUUCUUGAGGCUGGAGGCUGUAUGCAGACUCCCUACUUUGCGGACACCUACCAUCAGCAGGGCUCCCUAAAUGACAUCAUCAGGGGAGACUAUGAGUCCACAGCCAGCACACGUCUACAGAUGGGACAGAUAACUAGCAGGACACAUGACGGUAUCAUACACGUCAAGGAGGCAAAGAAAGAAAACGUCCUCUCCUAUGUUAGUCCUGUUUCCUCGUCGGCCCCUGAAAUUCACUUUCUCGGCCAGGAAAAGGUCGCCCUGUUGCCCCUUUUCCCUCAUAGUUUUCCUCCGAUGAAAACCAGACUGCUGACAUCUCAGCCCCCUGUCUCCCCCAUCAACAUUUCACCCCUGAGAACUCUCUCCCAGAGCCUCCCCUCCAUCUCACCGCUGGACACCAUCCGUCCCAGCCUCCUCCUCCCCACCCCAUCCAAACUGUCAUCCCUGCCCUCCCUGUCUCCCAUCCUGCCCCCCAUCCCCUCCAAACUGCCACCAUUGCCCUCUCUGCCAUCCUGCACCUGCCAUGCCCUACUCUCCCAGACCUCUCCCCUGGAGCCUCUGCCCUCCAUCCCCCUCAAAUGUCCACCCCUGCCGUCUCUGACAGACAGCACCCACCAUACCCCCCUCUCCCAGAUCUCCCCUGCCCUGGAGGCUCUGAUCUCCACCCCCAGCCCUCUCUGGUAUCAUCUGCCUGCGCUGGACCUACACAUCAGGGCUGGACUUAAAAACAGAGUGGCUCCCUUGCCCCCUAUCCUCUCCCAGGCAUCCCAGCAGGAGAAUGUGGAGAGCAUUGAGGAGGAAAAACAAGAAAUGGCUGUUGAUGAUGAUGCUGGUGAAGCUGACUCUUCUCUCAAAGAAGUUGCUGAGGAGGGAGAGAGGAAGAAAAGGAAAAGCCUCAAAAAAAGGUUCCUCAGCUUUAUCCGCAGAUUCAACUGCUUCUGCUGCAAAUAGCCUCCAAGGCCAAGAAUCAUCGGCCCAAUUUUACUCUUAAAAAAAAAAAAAAAAAAAAAGAACAAGAAAAAAAAAAAAAAACAUUACCCCUACCCUUUCCAUUACCCCUACCCUUUCAAACCAACUUUUUUUUAUUUUAUUUUUUUUCAAUUGACAUCAAGUGCUUAACCACACGUUAUACAGAUCUAUGGCUAUAAUGAACAUGAAUUGCAAAAUAUUGAUGGGCCUACAAAUUCUUCUCAUAACCAUGCAGUUCUUUUGAGCUGUUACAAAGAGAGAUCUUCCCCCCUGUCUUUUAUUAACGUAAUCUGUUCACUGUAUCCUGCUAAUGUCGUGUGAAGGCAUUUCACUGUAGUUUUGGAUGUUGUAGCCUGUACAUUUCUGACACCCACACUACAAAAUGUUAGCCUCAUAUAAGUGCAUUAAUUGACUGGUAAUUGUGUGUGAGCCUGUUAGAGAUUGAAAAAAAAUAAAAUAAAUUGGUUUAUUCCCC